UUCUAACUCAGAACAGGGCCUCCCAGUUUCUGUCUCGACACCGCAGGGCCAACUCCAUGUUUGAGGAGAGUAAGAAAGGUAACCUGGAGAGAGAAUGUAUCGAGGAGCUGUGCAACAAGGAGGAGGCAAGGGAGAUCUUUGAGAACUACCCGGAGACGGAACACUUCUAUCCUCAGUAUGUCUUUUGUCUGGGUUCACAUCGUGUGGGCAUCAACAACCAGAACUCUGGAGACUCCAACGUCCCUUCAAACCUCAGAACCUGUGUCAAAGAGAUCAGUGACCAGUGCCUUCCGUUUCCGUGUUACAAGGAGGGUUCUGAACGCUGCAUCGAUGGCCAGGCCUCCUUCACCUGUCAGUGUCGACCAGGCUGGAAGGGCCCGCGCUGUGAGGAUGACAUCGACGAGUGUUCAGACCCAGAUCACCAAGCCGGCUGCAACCAGAAGUGUUACAACUCCCCCGGGAGCUUCCGCUGUAUGUGUGACGAUGGGUACCGGUUCAGAACCAGCGAGAAGAUCCACUGUACAGAUAUCAAUGAGUGUCUGCUGUACCCCAGUAUCUGUGAAGAACCGGCUAAAUGUGUCAACAACCCUGGCAUGUAUGAGUGCCAGUGUCCCCCGGGCUUCAGUUACAACUUCACCUUGCGUUCCUGUUUGGACGUCGACGAGUGCGAGGUGGGCGUGUGCGAGGGCGUGUGUGUGAACACGAUGGGUAGCUACUCCUGCCGCUGCGAAGGUCGUCAGGGCCUGCGGUUAGCGGAGGACCAGCGUUCCUGCGAGGAGGUGCCGGUGUGUGUCCAGCUCUACGACUACAAACACUCUGAGAUGCUGUACCUGGGAGAACAAUUCACCGGAGGACCUGUCAUAUACCUCCGCUUCAGACUACCGGAGAACACCAAGUUUGCUGCAGAGUUUGACUUCCGUACGUUUGACCCAGAAGGGGUGGUUCUGUACGCAGAGUCUUCCCAGGACUCAUGGUUCAUGCUGGGGCUGAGGGGAGGACGGAUCGAGGUCCAGUUCAAGACCCAGCACUCCAUGAAGGUCACCAGCGGGGGCAAGGCCAUCAACGAUGGACAGUGGCAUGUGAUCUCAGUAGAUGAACUAGAGUCCAGUAUCAGUGUUAAGAUCAGUAAGGAAGCUGUGAUGAGCAUCAACAGCCCUGAGAGUCUCUUUACAGCCAUUAACGGGAAACUGGAGACCAAGGUGUACAUCGCAGGGCUGCCCAACCGCACCGACAGCGUCAUCAAACCGAUCAACGCUCGUCUGGACGGGUGUAUCAGGGGCUGGAACCUGAUGAACCAGGGGGCGUCUGGGGUCAAAGAGGUUAUUCAGGAGAAGAAGAGUAAACACUGUUUCCUGCACGUAGAGAGAGGAACCUACUUCACUGGGGCAGGACUGGCUCACUUCAACAUAGACUACAGGGAGUCAGGGAGCUGGAGGGUGGAUCUGAAUAUGCGUAUCCGUCCGUCCAGCAGUACAGGAGUCCUCUUCGCUCUGGUCCUCAACGAUACUGUCCCCCUGUCUGUCGCCGUGGUUACGCAAGGACCUGACGAAGCUGACCUGCAGGUGUUCCUGGAUGGAGUGUCCGUGGCAACGCUGCAGUCGUUGAUGUUGUGUUACCCGGACCGUCUGUCUGUAGAACUGACUGUCACCCCCACUAGCCUGGAGAUCGUCGCCAACACCUCCACCUGGUCCUACAGCCUCCCUGACGGGGCGCUGGAUCGACUCAACAACACAAUGAUGACACACUCUGUCAGGACAUGUAUAGGAGGACUGCCAGAUGAGGUCCCGGUCUCCGCCACCCCGGUGACAGCCUACUACCACGGCUGUAUGGACGUCAACGUCAACGCUCGACUGUUAGACUUCGACGAGGCGGACACUAAACACAACAGCAUUAAGUCCCACUCCUGCCCCCCUGUCUCGCCCCCCCAAGACACUCUCUGACGACCCCCCCCCCCACAGGAAGUGACCUCACAGCCAGGCCGACCAAUCACCACACUUCUCUGUCCUGAGGCCCAAAUCU